AUGUACGGAGAGCCAUCUACACCGUCUCUCCUCCAUGCACCGCCAGUCCACAUCACCGGUAUUUGCAGACUUCCGGCAGUGCUCUUCUUUUGGUUCUCGUAUUCGGGCUUUGAACUUUGGACUCUGGACUCCGGUACUACCUUUUGGUCUUUGGAACGCACGGUCUCUGGAUCUGUGGAGAUAAGACUGCUUUAUAUAUACUAUACCGCUAGCUGGCUGGCUAGCCUGCUUGCUUGCUAUUACAAUAUCAGAGAGGAAGGAGAAUCCCUGCCCUCCAUUUACCCAAAAGCGCCCCACGAUAUGCAUCCAGCACAGUGA